AUGGAUUUCCACUAUCUUGUGCAGUCACAAUUUAUCGACAAGAACAACUUAGUGCGUAUCUCAGCAGCAUUGAAUGAGUUUCAUGCCAACAAAGAUGCAAUCAUUGAUGCUAGGGUUUGUCGUGGCAAGGCUAACAAAGUGGUCAACAAUUGGUACAUACUGAAACUGGAGCUUAUGCAGAGUGUCAUACCUAGCAUUAGGAACUCUGGAGUUACGGCUCAGUGGUCUGCAGAUGCUACUGAGCAUGUGCAUAUCACUGAGAUUAAGGUCCCAGUGAGAUCAGAUGAGAAACAGAAUAUUAAGGCAUUAGCUGAUGCAGCAAGGAGUCAUAUGGACAAUAAGGAUACUGACGACAUUGAGGUACUGCAGCACAAACCUGUGGGCUCUGUACCUCUACCAUUGCAUUCCUUUGCCAUUGGGCACAUUGCCUUUCAUUUAGCCUAUGAUCCUUCCAUCCAAAACAUCAGUAUUGAUGAUGUUACCCUUAAAUUUAACCUGCCAGAUUUGCGACCAGCACUAUCCAAUUUUCUGCAUCAUGAGGCCAGUUCCGAACAUGACCACAUUCAUGCAAUAGGUGGCCCUAGGAGAGCCAGACCUAAUGCUGUGCUUCCUUUUAAGAAAGUUUAA